AUGAGCAACUACAGUGUGUCUUUGGUCGGCCCGGCUCCUUGGGGUUUCAGGCUUCAGGGGGGCAAGGAUUUCAACAUGCCUCUGUCCAUCUCUCGG